AUGGGCCCCUGUACCGCCUCCCCAUGCUGCUGCCAGGCCCGUAAUCUGCCAUGGGCCCCUGUACCGACUCCUCAUGCUGCUGCCAGGCCCGUAAUCUGUCAUGGGCCCCUGUACCGCCUCCUCAUGCUGCUGCCAGGUCCAGAGUGUGUCAUGGGUCCCUGUACGGCCUCCCAUUGCUGCUGUCUCUAUCGCCACACUCUGCCAUGUGCCACUUUCAGGUCUCCUCACACUGCUGGUGGUUUCCAUUUUGUCAUAGGGUGCUGUAUGGCCUCCCAUUGCUGCUGCCUCCACCGCCACACUGUGGCUCCACACUCUGGUUUUGGCCCCGUGACUGCCCAAAUGAGUGAAGUGUGCGGUGAUUCUAAGAUCGACGGCACUCAUCUGCAUGUCAUACUGACUGACAGUAUUAUUUCUCUUCCCCAGCAGACUCAAGGGCAUUUAAAUUAAAGGUACAGUGUUCUGCACUAAUAUUA